AUGGCAUUAAGUUGUUUCGUCCUAGGUACUAGAACUAUUUUCUCGGUCCCUUUUUGCGAAAAAAUUUCUAUUAAGAAAAGUGAUAUCUCCGUAAAAUUGUUAACCAUCGAUCUCCUCAAGGAGUAUAUCUGGGAAUGGAAAAAUAAUAUUCUUAAAGACCUUACUAACAACGCUUCCAAAUUCGAUCUUUGGCAUGUUAAUGUCGACGAAGUUGUUGAUGUUUCUAACGAAGAAGAUGUUUUUCGUCGAUACACAUCAUUCCUGACGGAGUUAAAAUUGAAAUUAAAAAUAAAGACCUUUCCACACAUAAAUGCUUUUUCAAUUGACCAGCUUAUUGACGCACUAGCCUUGAUUUGGCACGUUGAGGUGGAAAGUGACUCUCUAGGCCCACAAAAUGACCCGUAUAUUGAACUGAAGCAGGAACCCUCUUUUUUCAAAAUAAAUUUGCCCCGUGGUAUAACUAAACGAACUCUCACAAAAAUUGAUCUGUGUCUCCCUUCUUACGGUAAAUCCGGAACGAAUUAUAACAAUCCCUUUUAUGAUGAUCCACAAUUCAAAGAAACGGUUUCUCUUGUGCAAAAGAAGAUUGAAGAAGAACCGAAAGACAUAAUUGUGCUCGCUGGGGUUUCAGGAGGGCAAUAUGACGCCUGGCAUCAGAGCUUCAAAGAAUCAGAGGCACAAAACCCAAGUUUGAUUGUAUUGAUCAACAAAAUGAAGCAUUUCAAAUGCUGGACAAAGCGUAUCUUAAUAUUUGAUGAGUCGCAAAUCCUAUGUGGAUUCGAAUAUGGAAAAUAUCAAGGGAGUUCAGUUCCUGGUAAAGAAUGGAACCUUUUGCAAGUUCCAAAUUUGCAUACUCAUAUUGUACUAAAACUUCCCUUUCUCUCACAUGAUGAUGUCUUACGGAACCUUGACGCCGUAAUUGACCUGACGCAUGUUACCCCCGAAACUCGCAACCUCUUGGGAUAUAUUCUCAGGGGGCGACCUCGAAAAUGUGCAUCAUUUGUUCAUCUGUUAAUAUCAAAGCAGAGAUCGAAUGGUAGAACGAAAGAUUUAGUAUUACAAGAAUUUAUUUGGUCAUGGUAUAACAAAAUUAGCUAUGACAUGGCAAAAUAUUUGGCGAACGCGUGUGAAUAUCUUGGUGCGAAUAAUCUCAAUCCAGAGACAGCGAUUAUGGAUUCACCAGAAUGCAUUAUUCUUGGCCAUAACGAUAAAUAUUCUAAUGAAAUCGAAAUAAACCCAUCGCUUGAAUCUUACCUUAUCAACAGCAUUGGAUUAUUUCUUGAAAACACACAAGGAAAAAAAAUGGUAGAUGUCUUUGUUGAUAACAUUAUCAUGCUCAAUAACAUUUCAUCAAUCGGCAAUGAAUUUGAUGCUGUCUUUAUAAUGGCGAUCAUUCAAAAACGUGGGAUUAAUGUACGAAAAGAACUUAAUAAAUGGAAAAAUGGACAACAAUUUGACCUUCCUUUAUGGAUCACUCCCAAGAUGAAGUUUAUUACAACUUCAAAUUUACCAGGAAGCGUUCCUAUAGCCAAAUAUGUUAAUGAUAUGACCUAUUGUUCUUAUGCAAUUCAACCAGACAUAUACUCAGGAUCAGACGUGAUGAUUUCUCUCAUGGAUAAUGAGCAAAAUGUGAUAUUAUUAUCAGUAAGCUGUACAGUUUCUAGUAGUCCUAUUAAGAGUAGUAAAGUCAAAGAACAGUUAAUCAAGUCAUGUAUGAGGUUUCAAUAUAUGGAAUGUCUAAGAAAGAGAAAAAAUGAUGUGGAAUUUUCUUAUAAGAAACCAAAACAUUUCCAAAUUGGUCUUAAUAGUAAUAGUAUUUUACUGAAUAAUGUCACAGCUAAUGAAGAGGACAACUUAGAGAGGGAGGAGAAAAAAGAGUAUGAUCAAGAUUUAAAUUAUGAUGAUUUAAAUUAUGAUUUGAAUUAUGCUGAAAACAUCAAAAACUAUCAGAUAUCUAAAGUCUCUGAGCGUAUAAAGUUACACAAACAAAUCAAAACUUCUACAGAUAAUUGA